UUGCGGACGCAAACACUGCCAGCCAGCACCCAGCACAACAACGAUGUCGUCCACGGCUGCGACGCCUGCGGCCAAAGCUGGCAGCAGUGGUGGCGGUAGCAGUGCCGCCAAGCGGAAGAUGCUGCUGGUUGCUGCGUCAGACAAGAAAUGGGCGGUCAUCGACGAGGAGUUCCCAAACCCGACCGUUUCCGCCGCCCCUCACUCCGAUGACGUCCAAUGUGUCGCGUGGAGUUCAAACAACAAGUUUGUCACCACUGGUGGUUUGGAUGGGAAGAUUGUCAUUUCCUCGUUGGACAAGAAGCCCGCUGCGCUCACCCUCCUGGAGGCUGGACCACAGCAGCCCAUCCACACGCUGGCCUUCUCAAAGAACUCCAACACGCUGGCGUAUGGCGACGGCCAAGGCAUCAUCUCUCUGUUUGAUCUCAGCAAGAAGCACGUGUCGCGCACCAUCAACGGCUACAACGCAGCCAUAUCCUCCCUCUGCUACGACAAGGGCAGCGAGCAGCUUGUCUUUGGCGACCGCCUUGGCAACGUCGGCCUGUACAAUGAGCUCGAAGACAGCACCUUUCACCUGCAGCGCGGCCCCUCCUCCGCUGUCACGCAGGUUGCGUUUUCCCGCGCACGCCGCAACCUCGUUGCCGUGAGCCAGGACGGUGGCAGCGUGAAUGUGUUUGACACCACGCGCUCCGGGCACGUGAACACGUUCAGCGCGCACACGAGCAAGGCGACGGGCGUUGCGUUCUACCCGAACGACAAACUGCUCAUGUCCAGCGGAUACGAGGGCACCGUCGUCUUCUACGACCUCCUGCAAAUGAAGCCGACGGGCGAGAUCAAGGCUGGCACGCCGCUCACCAGCAUUGCGCUGCGCAUGGACGGAACGCGGCUCGCUGUCGGCUGUCUUGACGGCAAGGUUCAGGUGUACGACAUUCGGCGGCGAGACCGCCCGCUGACGACAAUCGAUACAGAGACGCACCGCCCAGUCGUUGCCCUCGCUUAUCAAGUCAGAUCGCAAGACAAGUCUCGUUCACGCUCAUCCGCGUCAUCUUUGCGGCGUGCGGACACGAGCGCCGUCUCUGCUUCGAGCGCACGCACACACACGCAAGCACACGCGCACACGCCGGCAUCAUCGUCAUCGUCUGCCGGUGGCGACUGGCGCGAAGGAACAUCGCUCCGCUUGUCCUCCAUCCCAGAGUCAGCAUCAUCCGCAGAUGCGAGCCGGCGGUUGACAUCUUCGUCCGGGACGUCAUCGCAGCAGUUCCGCUCCCCAGCAACAGCAGACACACGCAAAAGCGGAGCCGCAUCCGGAUUUCAAUCGCUGCAAACGCCAGCACGGUCAUCUGGUGCGGGAUUUGGCGGAACGAGUUUCCGUUCCAAGGUUGGCCUGUCCAGUGUCCGCCCCAACCGAGCUGGAGAGCAAGGACCGCCACAGUCCUCUCUGCGGCGCGAAGUUCCAAUGAGCAUAUCUAGACCCCAGCGCAACACAGCCGCAUCAGCAGUACCAAAAGCACCAACACCAGCAUCAUCAACAGCAGCAGCGGCGGCGAGGGAGACGGGCGCCGCGAACGCAACUGCGGAUGAAUCGUUUGCGCCGCCGACAGCGAGCGACAACAGGGGCAGCGCAAGAGCAACAGGCGGUGACCACAGAUUCAGACAACAACAACAACAAUCGCAGCAGCAGAAGCCUGGGGAGUACAGCGGGCGAGAGGAUGUGGGAUACAAGGUUGGCGGGGCGGCGCGUGCUGGGGAGAGACCGGCAGCGGCAUAUUCCGAUCGCAGUGGUGUUGGCAGCGGUGUACUGGAUGACAGCCGGCGAUCGCAGCAGCAGCAGCAGCAGCAGCAGCAGCAGCAGCAGCAGCAGCGAGAAGAGAAGGAGGAGAGAAGGAGCCACACAUCUAUGCGAGCGGACGAGGAUGAGGAUGCACGAGUGCGGGCAGCCAUGCGACCGGAAACAGCGAAAGCGCCGUUCUAUUUGUCGCGCGCACCAGACACCAUCGGCCACGACACCGCAGCAACGCCGCAGCGCACGGAUGCGCAGCAAAGGGUUGCUAGUGGUGCCGUUGGUGGUGGUGGCGUGACGACUGCUGAGCCCGCGCUCACACGAAAGGCUUUUGAAGCGAUGCAGUCGACGUUGCUCGAGAGCGUGCGUGGGAUGAUUGAUGCGGCGAUGAUGGAUCUUCGCUUUGAAGUCCAGCGUGAUGUCCACAACAUGCACCUCGAAAUGUUCAGGCAGUUUGAGGUCCAGAAGCGCGAAGUGCAGUCGAUGGUGGCGAGCCAGUCUGUGCGGGACGACGUGAUUGGGGAGCUGGAGGCGUUGCGGAACGAGAACCAGCAGUUGCGGCUGCGACUGGACGCGCAGCACAUUGGCAGCAGCAACAACGGCAGCAGCAACAGGGUGUAGACGAGGUGGCGGCGCGGUUGCUGGUCAUGCGGAUAGCUUGCGGUGCUGACGGGAUAUUGUGAUGCGUGCCUCUUGUGACGUGUACACCUUGUUUUCUUUGUUUGUGCACGUGAAUAAACGCGAC